CUUUUUUUUUCCUAUUCAGUUCUGUAAAGUAAAAGUUUAUUUAGUGUUCGACUUUAACUCGGUGCUUUAGCAAAAUAAAAAGCUUUCAUUCAACGUGUUGAGAUCAUCGGUACUUAUAUUAUAAAAAGAAUCUAGGGUGAUUUAUCUAAAUACAUAGAUAUGAUGAUGCAUUCAAAUAAUGUGCUUAGACCAAAUGGUGAAAGAUCCCCGAGUAGAAUAUCAAUAUAUAACUACCCAGAGCAUUUGAAUCCAUUUAAUGAAGAAGACAAUCACAAGCGUUUGCGUUUUUGGAACUUUUCAAAAUCGAAUGAAUAUUCAAAUCGGAGAAGUUUUUCAUUUGGAAAUUUUCGGGAUGUAUGGACCUUUCGUUCAUUCAACUUAAAAAAAAAAUCAUCUACUUUGGGAAUUCAAAAAACUUCUGAGAGCCCCCCUCUUCUGCGAAGAAAUUUAGAUUUAACUAAAUCAUAUCUGCAUUCAGGAGGAUAUAAUUAUAACAAAAGAAGACCUCUAAUGAGAUCCUUGCAGAAUGUCAGCGACUCUACCGAUAUCGACGCGUUCAUACGGACAAGCGGACAUGGCUAUAUCGACUCUGCUCGUCGCCCGAUCUUUGUCGAUCUUCGUCGUCUGAUCUUUUAGGUAUGCCCUAACUGCAGCUAGAAUGAAACGAUUGACACGUUCAGCCGCAUUACUCUGUGGUGAGUAUAAAACGGUAUAAACAUGUCUCAACCCCAAUUCUGUCAUUAGCACAGAGCUGUGUACCAUUGUCGCUCACUAAGACUUCGGGAACUCCAAAACAGUGAAAUAUAUUCUUCAGCAAAAAUUCCUGAAUAGCAGAUGAAGUAAACUUCUUUUAAGGACACAUCCAAUGAAAUUUGCUAAAAUGGUCUAGAACAAUAGGUAAACAUAUAUUUACUUUUAGUUCUCGGAUACGGUCCCAAAAUAUCAACAUAAAGCCUUUGAAAUGGUCUGCAUGUGGUGGGCUAACAAUUUGAUUAGAAGAUUUAGUUUCCUUGCAGGUGUCACAACAACAGAUGUAAGUACGGACAUCGUUAGCCAAUGCCGACCCACAGUGUAACGAAAUCGCACAAUCAUAAGUGAUGAAUAAUUAAACAUUUCUUUAUUUUAUAUGAACUAUAACAGCCAAUUGCUGGUACGCUCAACUUGUCCGUUCGUUUGCUUACUCAAUACUCAAUAUGUUUAUCGACUUAACCGAUAAUUGAUCUCGAUACGGGUCUUCAUUCGCCGAUAAUAAUUAAAGCUACAAAUUAUGCUAAAAAAUGACAAAUAUGCUAAAUAAUGAUAAAUGAGCAGAAAAAUGACAAAUGGUUCCUCAACAAUGAGCUUGUAUAAGCACAUCUGAUAUAUGUCGUCUGGGAACCCAUAACUUCCACAAACUCUCAUCCUGGUCUUCCAAGCCUUUGGAAUGUUCUGUUCGAAUAUAAAUAAACUGGCUAGAGAUCUUAAUGUCUGGGAAUUUGGAUUUCUCAAGAGAAAAUUUCUUCUUGAGUUCCUGGUACUCAGGGCCAAAGAAAGCAUCUGAGUCUAAGUUGACGAUCGGACCGAUUUUUAGCGCUGCAACUUCUUCUUCGCAAAUCCAUGACAGGAGUUCCGGAAUUAUGUGAUUUUUGCACAUCUAUGAGAAUUGGUAAAUUUCAAAGGCUGCAGGCGGGAAAUCCGUCGGGUAAGUCUGCCGGAAGCGUUUUGUUGACGUAAGUUGUUGUAAGCCACACCAGGCUUGAGUGAUCCAUAACAACUUUAAAUUCCUGCAUUUCUAAAUAGCACCUAAAUUUCUCUAUUACCAAAACUACGGCCGCAGAUUCUCGUUCCGUUACACUAUAGUUUCGCUGUGCGCGACUCAGUUUCUUUGACAUAAACGCAAUCGGCAUUUCAUCAUUUCCGGAGGAUAACUGAAUUAGCACGGCUCCAAUUCUAUAAUCAGUGGCAUCGUAUUGCUUAUAGAAUUUUGCUCGAAAUCGGGACUCUGUACAAUUAGAGCUAGGGCAUGUAAGUUCGGCGCAAAUUUUUAUUAACUUUUGAUACCACCCAAAAAUGCCUAGGAAUCCCCGAACAUGUUUAUGGUUCUUAAUACAAUCAACCUUUCAUGGGAUCGGCACAGAUACCGCCACUGCCUAUGAUAUGUCCCAAUAACUGACGCUUUUAACUCAAAACUGACUUUUCUCAAUAUUCAAUCUUCAAUUCGCUUUGCGAAAUUGUUCUGCGAAGCGUACCAGGACUGCCUAAUGAUAUCGUUGAUCGCCUCUUCGGUUCUCAAUUUGCCUUUGUAGGGGGCAUUCUGUUGUUACUAAACGAACAAUUCUGCCGGUUUUCCGACGAAUGUUGGGUACAAUUCAUACACUGGGGCUCAUACACAUUAAGACACUACACCCGUAACAAAAUAUACGACAUUUUUAAGAAUCUCGAUAAGCUCUUUCUCAUCGAUUCUAACUGAAGAUUUGUCGAUAAGAUAAACAAAACCCUCAUACAAUUUUUUUGAAGGAUUCACCCAUUUUUUCUUUCGAGAACA